UGUUAGUUGAGUACUUCCGGAGACUCUGGCACCUGGUGUGCGCUCUUCAGAAGCGGACUUCAACCGCUGCUCACAUGCUAAGUUGACACUGGCUUGAAUGGCAACACCUCUCCGGACCUGCUGACAGGGGGAAUCUCACUUCCUGCCUUCUACGGGAGAAGUAUACUUAUUGCAAUCGCAGCAGAGAUCAUGCGGCAGUGUUGACCACGGAGAAGAUCGGCACACCGAGGGCUGUGAUUUACCCAGGAGCAGAAUGAUGGCCGGAGGCAGGAGUUUGGACACAAUUGCAGCUACCUGCAUCGUAACGUUGUGUUUGGCAUGUUUGCACGUGACCUCUCUAAAGUCACAACUUUUCACCAGACUUGGAGGGUUACGUUACACCACGGAGCCUCCCAUCAGCUAUAAAACAUUGUACUUCGAUCAAAAGAUUGAUCACUUUGGAUUCCUCCAAGAUGGCACUUUUAAGCAGAGAUACCUUGUGGCUGACAACCACUGGCAGCAGCCAAAUGGACCUAUUUUGUUCUACACUGGAAAUGAAGGAGACAUCACCUGGUUCUGCAACAACACUGGCUUCAUGUGGGAAGUUGCCGAACAGCUGGGCGCCAUGCUGGUUUUCGCAGAACAUCGUUACUAUGGAGAGUCUUUGCCGUUUGGUCAAGACUCGUACAGUGACGUCAAACACCUGAAUUACCUGACAUCGGAGCAGGCCCUCGCAGAUUUUGCUGUGCUGAUUCAAAACAUCAAGACCAUUGUACCGGGUGCUCAGAACAGCCCUGUCAUCGCCAUCGGAGGCUCCUAUGGAGGGAUGCUCUCCAGCUGGUUCAGGAUGAAAUAUCCAAAUAUUGUUGUUGGGGCUUUGGCAGCAUCUGCGCCAAUAUGGCAGUUCCCUGACAUGGUGCCAUGUGGAGACUUUUAUAAAAUAGUAACGCAGGACUUUGCCAAAAGCGGCAAAAACUGUGACGCAAACAUCAGGAGAUCUUGGAAGGCCAUAAAUAACGUCUCCUCCUCUGUAUCUGGUCUUCAGUGGCUGUCAGAAGAGUUCAGUUUAUGCUCCCCUCUGAAACACAAGAAUGAUGCUGUGAGCUUUAAAAGCUGGCUUCAAGAGACCUGGGUGAAUCUGGCCAUGGUGGACUAUCCUUACGAAGCCAAUUUCCUCCAGCCGCUGCCUCGUUGGCCAAUCCAGGUGGUGUGCAAGUAUCUUGGUUUCGACGCCACCGUGUCUGACGAGCAGCUGCUGCACGGUGUCGCCCAAGCAGCGAAGGUCUACUACAACUACACAGGAAACGCUCCUUGCCUCAACACUUCUCAGACGGCAACCAGCAGUCUUGGUGCCCUCGGCUGGUUUUUCCAGGCCUGCACAGAGAUGGUGAUGCCCAUGUGCACAGAUGGAGUCCAGGACAUGUUUGAACCAGAGGAGUGGAGCUUCCAGGCCUUCUCUGAUGAGUGUAACUCCGUCUUUGGCGUCAGGCCUCGAGCCGAUUGGGCUGGGACGGUCUAUGGAGGAAAGAAGAUUGGUUCCCAUAGCAACAUUAUCUUCAGCAACGGCGGACUUGAUCCGUGGUCAGCUGGUGGAGUCACCUCCAACAUAAGCCAGUCUCUAGUUUCCAUUAUGAUUCCUGACGGGGCUCACCACUUGGACCUCCGCUACAGCAACAAGCUCGACCCACCCUCUGUCCGAGCUGCAAGGGCCUUAGAGUUGAAGUAUUUUCAGAAGUGGAUCAGGCAAGCUCAAAAGUCGACUGGAACUGGAUUUACUAUGUCCAAGAACAGGAAAAAUUCUCCUUAAGAUGUUAUUGAUGUGCAAGAUUUAGCUUUAACUUGCAUGACACGGAGUUUCAUACGGUGCUUUCUGAUUGAACAAUGCCAAAGUUUGUCCUUUACUAUGUAAUAUUUUUGUUGUUUGAGCUUUUCUUAUCUAGUUAGAAACACUCCAUUUUCAAUGCCAUAAUAUUUGUAAACAUAUUUUCAUUCACAUAUCUGCUAAAAAAAACUGCUGACAGAAAUGCAUUUUCUGUCCAGCUAUUCAAACUAUCAUCUUUGAAAUUUUGAUGUAAAAACUGGCACAUUUUCAGUUUAUUUAUUUUCUUAAAGUAAAAGCAGAUACGGCUUGUCUGUCCACAUGGUGAUAUUUGUCUUCUUUUUCGGAAAUCAGGGCUGUUUUUAUAUUUUUGAGUUUUGAAUCUAAUUUUUGAUUAGAAAAUGACAAUUUAUCAUUUUAUUAUCAUCAUGGGUAAUUCAGUAAUUUGUUCUUUCUAAGUGUACUUAUAGGAGCCUCAGGAGAAAGUUUUGGCACUAAAUAUGAAUGAAAUUGUUUGCAUUGAAGUCUUUUGUUGUCCUAACGAGAACAAUAAAGAAAUUGUGCUGUUCAGAAAA